AUGGGGAGCAUCGAGAUUCCUGCAACCAGUUCUGGCUUGGAGCACAAGAGUAUCAAAGUGUCAUCGACAUGGUGUGGCCCUGGUCCAGCCGCAUUCGAUUUCCGGACAGACACGAUCACAACUCCAACAUUGUCUAUGCUACAGGCCAUUGCGCAAACUUCACUCGGCGACGAUGUCUACCAAGAAGAUGAUACAACCACAUCAUUUGAAGCAUAUAUCGCCGACCUUGCUGGAAAAGAAGAUGCACUUCUCGUUAUGUCUGGGACUAUGGGCAACCAGAUAGCUCUGAGAUCUCUGCUCACUCAGCCGCCUCACGCUAUCCUUUGCCACCAGCAAUCUCACAUCUACACUUCUGAAGCAGGAGGUUGCUCCGCGCUAUCUCAGGCACAUAUCCAGACUGUCACGCCAGCCAAUGGUCUCUAUCUUACUGUGGAAGAUGUCAAGAAAGCAGCAGUCAUCAGCAACAAUAUCCACGUCGCGCCAACUAGAGUCAUAUCCCUGGAAAAUACGCUUGCUGGUACAGUGACGCCUCUUGCUGAAGUGCAGCGCAUCUCGGAGUUUGCGAGAGCGAAUGGUAUCAAGAUGCAUUUGGAUGGAGCACGUAUCUGGGAAGCUGUUGCUUCAGGAGCUGGUACCCUGAAGGAAUACCUUGCGUGCUUCGAUACUGCUCAGAUGUGUUUCUCGAAGGGCUUAGCAGCGCCCAUGGGCAGUAUCAUUGUUGGUCCGAAAUCCGUGUUGCAGCAUUCUCGCUGGGUCAGAAAAAGUAUAGGUGGUGGAAUCCGACAAGCAGGUAUUAUUUCCUCGGCAGCGAGAGUUGCAGUUGAAGAGACUUUCAUUGCUGGAGGUGGACAGCGGCUGCGCGACAAUCAUCGAAAAGCCAAGAACAUUGAGAAGGCUUGGUUAGAAAGAGACGGCAAGGUUUUGAGACCGGCUGAGACGAAUAUGGUUAUUCUGGAUUUAGCUGGAAGUGGAGUUGAGGUCUCGGAAUGGAUUCGAGUUGGCGAAGAAGAAGGUAUCAAAUUGAUGGGUGGAAGAGUCGUGGUUCAUUUCCAGAUUGUGGAUGAGGCGUUUGUGAAAUUGGAGAAAGUGAUGACCAGAGUACUGGCGGAGUCGAAAACAGGCGUAGUCGCCGACGAACCGUCGAUGUAUAGAAUGAGUGACAAGCGAAAGAGCUCUGGGUUGUGA